AUGGACCCUGGCGAGGUACCAGAGAUCCGAACUGUGACGCGAUUUCCCGCCCAAGCGCAGUCUGGCGGCGACUGCAAGAUUCCCAGCAUUAUCUACUAUGAUACCCAAGGAAAGGUCUGCGUCGUUGGCGCGGAGGCCACUGCUGAAGGGAUUGAAGAACAAGCUGAAGACAACGGCUGGUUCAAGGCGGAAUGGCAUAUACUUUUUCCUUUCAGGUCUCGACCAUCUCUGACGCCUGACACGCCAGGUUCAAACUACACCUCCGUCCGCAGGCUCUUCGCCGACUACAUGAAGUACCUCUUCGACUGCUCCGAGACGUACAUCAAAGAAACCCAUACGAGUGGGGAUCUCCUCUGGAACACGCUCAAGGAUGACAUUCUUUUUGUGCUCACGCAUCCGAAUGGGUGGGAGGGCCCCCAGCAGACUCAGAUGCGUCGGGCUGCGGUGCAAGCUGGUCUUGUUUCGGAUAGUGAGGAGGGCCAUGCGAGGGUUAUGUUCGUGACGGAGGGCGAGGCGAGUUUGCAUUUUUGUAUCAAUAAUGGCUUGAGCGGGGAUGGUUUGGAGAGCGGAAAGGGUGUUGUUAUCGUCGAUGCUGGAGGUGGCACGAUCGAUGUCAGUGCCUAUCAAGGGCGGGGUGGUGUAUUCAACGAGAUUUCUGCGGCGCAGUGCCACUUCCAAGGGUCGGUGUUUGUCACCUCGCGGGCUGAGGAAUACAUGAAGCAACACCUCAACGGAACUCGUUUCGAAGCCGACAUUCCGGUUAUCGUGAAGCGCUUCGAUACGCGCACCAAGCACACUUUCAGAUCCGAUUCUGAAAUGCAGUUCAUCCAGUUCGGGUCUCCUAGAGAGACUGACCUCGCGCUUGACAUCCGACGUGGUCAGAUGAAGCUCAAAGGGCAAGUCUUCGCGUCUGUCGUCGCAGGUUUCUUUGAACCCUCCAUCAAGUGCAUUGUCGGGGCUGUUGAGGAACAGAUGGCGAAUCGACAUUACCCAAUUUCGACAGUGUUCUUAGUCGGAGGCUUUGCAGCGAGCGAUUGGCUGUACAAUCAAGUCAAGAAUCGACUGGAGAGACGAGGUGUGAAAGUAUUCCGCCCUGACACCCAUACAAACAAAGCGGUCUCUGACGGCGCCGCAUCCUUCUACCUGGACCAUCUCGUCGGGACGCGAGUAUCGAAAUUCGACUAUGGGCUCAACAGCUUCGUGUUUUUCGACCCUUACGAUCCAGAGCAUUUCAAACGUCGCUCGAAGAUGCGGGAACACUCGAUCACGAGACAUUUAAUUCUCAACGACUGUUUUUCUGUUAUUCUGUUCAGGGGCACCCAGGUCGCUGAAAGGACUGAAUUCAGAGGCCGUUAUGAUCAUUGGCUCAAGCCGAACGAGGACCUUACUCAAUUCAGAGUGUACAUCCAGUGUUAUCGUGGAGAUGGGCCGUGUCCUGAGUGGAUGGAUGGGGAAGAUUCGAACUCCUUCUCUCAGGUAUGCUGUGUUACAGCAGACGUUUCGAGUAUUGUCCCUGCGUGGCAAUUCUCCCCUCUGACGGGCCAGUACCAUUCGCGUAUUGCGUUUGAUGUUGUUUUGUUGUUUGGGCUUACGGAGUUGCGAGCUCAGAUUGCGUGGAUGGUUAAUGGCGUGGAGAAACGGGGCCCUGCGAAGAUUGUGUAUUUGUGA